UCGUUUUUUCAUUUCUCAACCAAAGCACACACACAAAAAGUGUUUUUUUUUUUCGAGAAACCAAAUCAAAUCAAAUGGAAAAGGAAAGAGAGAUAGAGAUGAUCAACAAGAUGGCAAGCUGCUUGAUUUAUCUAUCAAAGGCUCACCAACACGACACCAAAAGCCGCGUUUUCGCGUGCAAGACGUGCAACAAGGAGUUCCCGUCGUUCCAAGCCUUGGGAGGCCACCGAGCAAGCCACCGCAGAUCGGCUGCCCUUGAAGGCCACGCAACUCCUUCUCCCAAGAGAGUCAAACCGGUGAAACACGAGUGUCCUAUAUGCGGUGCCGAGUUCGCCGUAGGGCAAGCCUUGGGUGGUCACAUGCGGAAGCAUAGAGGAGGAGGAGGUAGCCGAAGCUUGGCACCAGCGCCGGUGACUAUGAAGAAAUCCGGCGGCGGUAAUGGAAAGAGGGUCUUAUGUAUGGAUUUGAACUUGACGCCGGGAGAGAAUGAUGAUUUGAAGCUGGAGCUUGGGAGGUUGUGAUUUUCUGAUCUUUUUACUUUUUCUUCUUUUGUGGGUUUAUACUUGUAUAGAGAGAUGUUAUUUUAUUUUAUUUGAGGACUCCAUGUAGUUUUGUAUGAAGAACU